AUGCUUGAAUUAUUUUGUACAAGUGUUGAAACUUCCUCAAAAGUCACUGUGAAAUUUGAAGGACUCAUAGUUGGGGUGAUCUUGAGGUACGGGACUCCCUCCACGAGUGGCCAUGACAAACCCUUCAGCUGCUCCCAGGAGGACAGGCCCUUCACCACCCUGCUGGUCAACGUCAGCGGCAAGUUCUUCGAGUACACGCUCAAAGGGGAAAUCAGCCCGGGGAAGAUCCACAACGUGGAGCAGAAUGACAUGCUGAGAAAGGUAACAUUUGAUCCAGAAGUUUUUUUCAACAUUCUAUUGCCUCCUAUUAUUUUUCAUGCUGGUUAUAGCCUGAAGAAAAGACACUUUUUCAGGAAUUUGGGGUCCAUUUUGGCUUAUGCAUUUUUAGGAACAGCAGUGUCUUGUUUUAUUAUUGGGAAUCUCAUGUACGGGGUUGUGAAACUAAUGAAGUUGGUGGGUCAGCUGUCUGAUAAAUUCUAUUAUACAGACUGCCUCCUCUUUGGAGCGAUAAUAUCUGCCACUGAUCCAGUUACCGUGCUAGCAAUAUUUAAUGAGCUGCAUGCUGAUGUCGAUCUCUAUGCCCUUCUGUUUGGAGAGAGUGUGUUGAAUGAUGCUGUUGCCAUUGUAUUAUCCUCAUCUAUAGUUGCCUACCAGCCCACAGGUGAAAAUACCCAUGCUUUUGAUGCUGCAGCAUUUUUCAAGUCUGUUGGUGUUUUCCUGGGAAUAUUCAGUGGCUCUUUCAUGAUGGGAGCAGUGACAGGUGUUGUGACAGCUCUGGUGACAAAGUUUACCAAGUUGCACUGCUUCCCCCUGCUGGAAACGGCUCUCUUCUUCUUGAUGUCCUGGAGCACUUUCCUGCUUGCAGAAGCUUGUGGAUUUACUGGUGUGGUGGCUGUCCUCUUCUGUGGAAUUACCCAGGCACAUUAUACAUACAAUAACUUGUCUGUUGAGUCAAGAAGUCGAACUAAGCAGCUCUUUGAGGUGUUGCACUUCCUGGCUGAGAACUUCAUAUUUUCUUAUAUGGGCUUGGCACUGUUUACUUUCCAGAAGCACAUAUUCAGCCCAGUUUUCAUUAUUGGAGCUUUCGUUGCAAUCUUUUUGGGCAGAGCUGCACAUAUCUACCCCCUCUCCUUCUUGUUGAAUUUGGGCAGAAGGCAUAAGAUCAGCUGGAGCUUUCAGCAUAUGAUGAUGUUUUCAGGUCUCAGGGGAGCCAUGGCAUUUGCUCUGGCUAUACGAGAUACUGCUACCUACUCCCACCAAAUGAUGUUCUCAACAACUCUGCUCAUCGUGUUUUUCACUGUGUGGAUUGUUGGUGGAGGUACAACCCCCAUGCUGUCGUGGCUGAACAUCAGAGUUGGUGACCAUGUUCCAUCGGUGGAAGAGAUGAGUGAAAGCCACUGGCUGUAUUUCAGGGUUGGGGUUGACCCAGAUCAGGAUCCUCCACCUACUAAUGACAGCUUUCAAGUCUUACAAGGAGAUGGCCAAGAUUCUGCACAAAGGAACAGGACGAAGCAGGAAAGCGCUUGGCUCUUCAGGCUGUGGUAUAGCUUUGAUCAUAAUUAUUUAAAACCAAUUCUCACUCACAGUGGCCCUCCGUUGACCACAACGCUGCCCAGCUGGUGUGGCCUGAUAGCCCGCUGUCUGACAAGUCCCCAGGUUUAUGAUAAUCAGGAACAGCUUCGAGAAGAGGAUUCCGAUUUUAUUCUGAAUGAUGGUGACCUUACCGUGACAUAUGGUGACACAACAAUAACUGCAAAUGGUUCUUCUGGCCCCCACACAGCUACCACUAACCUUGACAGCAGGAGAACAAAAAGUAGUUCAGAGGAAGCGCUGGAACGUGAUUUGGGAGCAGCUGAUCAUGAAGUUACAAAUAGGGGUACCCGGCUAGUAUUUCCUCUGGAAUACAAUGCAUGAUUACUGACUCAGUAAAAAUAACUCUUGCUCUGUGAAUGGAUCAAGGAAGACUGCAGGCCACUGUGUCACUUGAGGUGGGAGUGUUUAUUUAAACAAGUUAACACACAUAAGUGGUUUUACUAGGGUCUGAAGAUAUCACCUAUUUUUUACUCAAGAUGCUGACAGUGGGGUUUUCUAUAUGUCUGAAAAUAGACAAAUGAGAAAACUGGUUAUUCUCCUCUUUCCAACUGCUUAUCAAAUCCAAGUAUAACUAGCAUGCUGCAAAUGUCUUGUUCAGCUGCAGCAGCUCUCUCUCUCUGAAGAGAGGUACAUGAAAAUGUCAUAGAACUGAGCUUGUCUUGGCUUAGCUUGAGAAUGUGAAAGGACAACUAUAAACUUGACAAUUGUUGAGACAAAAAGAUUGUGUGUUUAUCUGAAUGUGGAGAGAUCCAUUGUUAACUUCUCUCGUGAGGCUGAGACCUGUAAUGGGACAGUAAACAUUAGGGUUACAGAUGCGUGAAUGAAAGACUGGGGAAUCUGUUACUGCAAAAUGUACUUAAUCUAUUUCAGGGGGGAAAAAGAAGGGAAAAUAAGAUUUCUUCGCU